AUGAGUUCAUCGUUGGGAAAGGAUGAGAAAUACGCCUCCUGCAAUAUCACCAGCGAUGACACGCCCUGUUACCUUCUUGAGGAAUUGCACAAGGCGAAAGAGUUUCGAGUCUAUGGUUUUACUGUGAUACCAAUCGUACUCUCAGUGCUGGCUAUGAUUCUCAAUGUCACUUACUUGAUUAUUCAGCUGAAGAUCUAUCGAAAGGAGGAGGAAGGUCUAUUUUGA